AUGGCAGCUCAGACAUUCGGCGCCUUUAUCACCCAUGAAAGCGAUCCCAGUUCUCCCCUUGCAGGACCUCCUCGGAUUGUCCCCAGAGACAAGAUCACGGCCGCUGCGCCUUCAGAGUAUGAGCUGAACGAACUGCAAUGGGGUCGUCGUCUGAAUGGCCCCCAGCGGGAUUACUCGCGGGAUACCUCCCCCAUAGGUCGAUCUCUUCCUCAAACCCCUGGAGAACUCGAGCAAAGUCAACCGCCAACCCCGAAAAGAGAUCAAGCCGUUGAUGCAUUGAUUCAGUCUGCCUGGAACCCACCCAAAAACCGAUGGAGGCUUGCCUCGGCCAGUCUUGCAUUCUUUCUGAUGGGAAUCAAUGAUGCAGCCACGGGCGCGUUGAUCCCGUAUGUGGAGGAACAAUACAGCAUAGGUUAUGCCAUUGUGUCCCUGAUUUUCGUCACCAAUGCUGUGGGAUUUAUCAGCAUGGCUCCAGUCUCCCAGAUGAUCGAGGCUCGUCUCGGCCGAGCUCGUUCUCUGAUGAUUUCAAUGACUUUGCUGAGUAUUGGCUAUCUUGCCAUCAUAUGUACUCCGCCCUUUCCUGUCAUUGUUGUGGCCUUUUAUUUCAUGGGAUGUGGCAUGGCUCUAUUUCUGGCCAUGACCAACGCCUUUAUCGUCAAUCUCUUGAAUGGCACAGUCAUUUUAGGGUUUUGUCACGGUCUGUACGGGCUUGGAGGCAUAGUAUCACCUCUGAUGGCCACGGCAAUGGUUUCCCAUGGUGUUCAUUGGGCAUACUUCUACGCAAUCCCCCUGUCUCUUUCGCUAUCGUCCAUUAUAUUCGUUGGCUGGUCUUACAGGGGCUUUGAGAAUGACACUGCUGUACGACUCCUCACCAGUCUGGAACGUACAGCUUCACGCCAGGCUUCGGCCUUGGGCGAGCCUACCAAGCUGCAAUUACUGAAACGGGCACUAAAGAACCGUACCACUCUUCUCGGUGCCACCUUCAUCUUUUUCUACCAGGGCAGUGAAGUAGCCAUUUCAGGCUGGGUUAUCUCCUACCUCAUCCACUAUCGAAAGGGAGAUCCUUCUCAAGUGGGCAACGUCACCUCAGGCUUCUGGGCCGGCAUCACUGUGGGCAGGUUUGUCCUCACCCACUUUGCCCACAAGAUGGGCGAGAAGCUGUCGGUCAUGCUUCUCAUAAUCGGCGCGGCAGUUUUCCAGCUUUUGGUAUGGCUGGUCCCCAAUAUCAUUGGAAAUGCCGUGGCCGAGUCCAUUGUCGGAUUGUUCCUGGGCCCGGUGUACCCGUGCGCCACCGCGCUCUUUUCACGGCUGUUGCCUCGCAGCAUUCAGAUCAGCAGUCUGUCCGUGGUGACCUCGAUGGGCUCGUCUGGAGGCGCCCUGGUGCCAUUCAUUACUGGAUUGUUGGCCCAGAAAUUGGGCACUGUGGUGCUGCAUCCGAUUGCCUUGAUAUCGUUUGCUGCCAUGUCGGUGGCCUGGCUGUUGUUGCCUCGGGUGACAAAACCGACAGAGUAG